AUUUGGUAGAAAAACGUUCCUUGUUGUUCUUUUGAAAAGUGAGAAUAAUGGCGGCCGAGCACGCACAAUUUCAACAAGUUUUAAAUUCACUACUUUCAACGGAUAAUGAUGUUAGAUCACAGGCUGAGGAAACAUAUAAUAAUUUGUCUAGAGAUGUGAAAAUUACUCAGCUUUUGGCAGCAAUUCUAAACGGACAGAUGUCUGAGGAAUGUCGCACUAUGGCUGCAGUUCUCUUACGUCGCCUUUUUACAACAGACUUUUUAGAAUUUUAUCAUGAGUUGCCUCCCGAAGCUCAAGCUCAAUUUUUACAGCAAAUUUUAUUGUCUGUACAACAAGAUAUAACACCGAGUUUAAGGCGAAAAGUUUGUGAAGUUGUGGCCGAGGCUGUAAGAAAUUUAAUUGAUGAAGAUAGUAACAAUCAAUGGCCAAAUUUCUUCCAAUUUUUAUUUCAAUGUGCAAAUUCAACCUCUCCAACUUUACAAGAAUCUGCAUUAAGGAUUUUCGCCUCUGUGCCAGGUGUAUUUGGAAACCAAGAAGCGAAUUAUUUGAAUUCGAUAAAAGAAAUGUUGCAAAAAUGUUUGAUUAAUCAGCAAUCCGAGGUUAGAUUUCAAGCAGUACGUGCUGUUGGCGCAUUUAUUCUUUUGCAUGAAAAAGAUUCGAUGGUGUUAAAACAUUUUUCAGAUUUAUUACCCGUUAUGAUAAUGAUUACUGCUGAAAGUAUAGAAAAACAGGAUGAUCAAAGCUUAGUAAAACUUUUAAUUGAUAUGACCGAAAGUUGUCCUAAAUUUUUGAGACCGCAACUUGAAGUAAUCUUUGAGAUUUGCAUGAAAGUAUUUAGUAAUAGUGAAGUAGAAGACCAGUGGCGACAUUUAGUUUUAGAAGUAAUGGUUUCUUUAUCUGAAAAUGCAUCUGCUAUGGUUCGGAAGAAAGCUGAAAAAUAUAUUAUUACUCUGAUACCAUUAAUAUUGCAAAUGAUGACUGAUUUGGAGGAAGAUGAGAACUGGUCAACUUCGGAUAUUAUUGUGAAUGAAGAUAACAGCGAUAAUAAUGCCAUCGCCGAAUCCUCAUUGGAUCGAUUAGCAUGUGGGCUGGGUGGGAAAACAGUUUUACCUUAUAUUAUAAAUACAAUCCCUUCAAUGUUGGCAAGUCAAGAUUGGAAACAAAGAUAUGCCGCAUUGAUGGCAAUUUCUGCUAUUGGAGAAGGUUGUCAUAAGCAAAUGGAACAAAUGCUUGACGAUAUAAUGAAUGGCGUGUUGAACUUUUUGAGAGAUCCACAUCCACGCGUCCGCUACGCUGCAUGUAAUGCGAUCGGUCAAAUGUCAACGGAUUUUGCCCCCAAUUUUGAAAAAAAGUUUCAUGAGCAAGUUAUUCCUGGCUUAUUAAGUUUGUUUGACGACGUUCAAAAUCCACGAGUUCAAGCCCAUGCUGGUGCCGCUUUAGUAAAUUUCAGUGAAGAUUGCCCAAAAAAUAUUUUAACGAGAUAUCUAGAGGGCAUUAUGGCGAAAUUAGAAAGCAUUUUGAAUGCUAAAUUCAAAGAAUUAAUUGAAACUGGUAAUAAAUUGGUACUUGAACAAGUUGUGACAACAAUAGCAUCAGUAGCUGACACCUGCGAAAAAGAAUUUGCAAUAUAUUACGAUCGUUUUAUUCCAUGCUUGAAAUACAUCAUUCAAAAUGCGAACGCUGAAGAAUUAAGAAUGUUACGAGGUAAAACCAUUGAAUGUGUAAGUUUAAUAGGUUUGGCUGUGGGUAGGGAGAAAUUUAUAAACGAUGCAAGCGAAGUUAUGAAUAUGCUUUUAAAAACUCACACAGAAGGUGACUUACCAGACGAUGAUCCCCAAACUUCUUAUUUAAUAUCAGCAUGGGCCAGAAUGUGUAAAAUUUUAGGAAAACAAUUUGAACAAUACCUUCCUCUAGUAAUGGGACCUGUAAUGAGAACAGCUGCUAUAAAACCUGAAGUAGCUCUGCUUGACAAUGAAGAAGUUGAAGAUAUCGAAGGGACAGUUGACUGGUCGUUUAUCAAUUUGGGUGAACAACAAAAUUUUGCUAUACGAACAGCUGGUAUGGAGGAUAAGGCAUCAGCUUGUGAAAUGUUAGUUUGUUAUGCUAGAGAAUUGAAGGAAGGAUUUGCUGAUUAUUGCGAAGAAGUUGUUCAGUUAAUGGUGCCGAUGUUAAGAUUCUAUUUCCAUGAUGUAGUUCGUUCAGCGGCUGCAGAAUCUUUACCAUAUCUUCUAGAUUGUGCUAAAAUUAAAGGACCACAAUAUGUCGAAGGAAUGUGGAAUUACAUUUGCCCAGAAUUAUUAAAAGCAAUAAGCACAGAGCCAGAACCCGAUGUUCAGUCAGAAUUAUUACAAUCAUUAGCUAGAUGCAUUGAAACACUAGGAGCAAACUGCUUAUCUGAAGAUUCAAUGAAGGAAGUUUUAAAAUUAAUUGCAAAAUGUAUGACUGAACAUUUUGAAAAAGCUGAUAAAAGAGCUCUCGUUCGAAAUGAAGAGGAUUACGACGAUGGUGUUGAAGAAGCAUUAGCAGAAGAAGAUGACACAGAUACUUAUUUGCUAUCAAAAAUUGCUGAUAUUGUCCACGCCCUGUUUAUGACAUAUAAAACAAGUUUCCUUCCAUACUUCGAUCAGAUUGUUCCGCAUUUUGUAAAAUUAUUAGAACCCGUAAGAUCUUGUUCCGAUAAGCAAUGGGGCUUGUGUAUAUUUGAUGAUUUAAUAGAAUUUAGCGGUCCUUUGUGUGCACAAUAUCAACCAGUUUUUAUAUCAAGUAUGUUACAAUAUGUGACAGAUAAAUCGCCAGAAGUACGUCAGGCAGCCUCUUAUGGAUGUGGUGUUUUAGGACAAUUUGGAGGAGAACAAUUUGCUGUAACUUGCGCUCAAGCCAUCCCACUUCUAGUUCAAGUAAUUUCCGCAGAAAAAAGUCGUGAACCCGAAAAUAUUAAUCCCACAGAAAAUGCUAUUUCAGCAGUAACAAAAAUAUUGAAAUAUAAUAGUUCAGCAUUACAAAAUGUCAAUGAAAUAAUUAAUUUAUGGUUUUCAUGGUUACCAGUUGUUGAAGAUGAUGAAGAAGCAGUUCAUGUGUAUGGAUAUUUAUGCGAUCUUAUUCAAUCAAAUAAUGUUAUCAUAUUGGGUAAUAACAAUUCAAAUUUACCUCGAAUCGUAUCAAUUAUUGCUGAAGCAUUUAGUGUGGGUGUAAUUAAAGUUAUGAGUGAAGAGGGAGUUCGUAUGAUAAAUAUAGUUAAGCAAAUUGAAUCAAACCCCGAAGUGUUUCAAGCUUGCGUUUCGGUACUAAGACCUGAUCAAAAUGCAGCACUUGAAGAAGCGUACCGAGAAUUUUCAGCUUCACAGACAUCCUAACCCAUAUUAAGUAAAUGUCAGUGCUUUAUUGUACGUCCUUUAUUUUCUAUAAAUAAUAGUCAAUAUAUUUCAAUAUAAAUUAAAAAAGUAAUUUUUACUUUAUAUCGUUAAAAAAGUUUUUUUUUUUGCCCUUUUACUGAACUAUAACAACGAUUUUUUUUUUUAUUGUACCAUAUUCUUUUUUGGUACUUUUCAUAAUUUGUGCUAUUUUAGUUUUCAUAUUUUUCAUAAAUUCAUGUAUUUUUUAAAUUAAUAUUCCUUUAAUUGAAAAAUUUUAAAUUAUGUAUGUAUUUAAAAAAUUUAUAACAGAUAUUUAUGCAUCAAUAUAUUCAAAAAUUAAUAUUGAGUAAACUAAUAGUGUAAAUUCUCAUGCAAAAAAUAAAAUAAAAAAAUAAAUAUACUAAAGGAGUUUGUAGAAGGUUUUCUUUUGCAAAAGUUAUUUUAAACUAACUUGAUGUAGUUUGUAGGUUUUGCAUUUGAUUUAAAUAUUUAAAUUAAGUGUUUAAUAGAAAAAUGAAAGCUACUGGCAAGUGUAAAUUUCUAAUAUUAAACGUACCCAUUUUUAUUACAUAUUGAAUUUUUGUUUUUUUUUUAAAGAAAAACAGUGUCCCUUCAUUUCUUUUAAAAUGUAAAUAAGUAGAGCAUAAUCGAAAAAUUUAAUUUUUAAAUAACAAUUCCAAAUUCAAAGUUUUAAUAAUGUUCAAAUCAUUAUUAUAACAAUAUUAAUUAAAAUUUUCACUAAGCAGAGAAUUUCUCGAAAUUUAUAUAAUAUUAUUUUACUGAGCAAUGAUGAGUAGAAACUUAAAUAUAAAAUUGAAACAGUUUUUAAAUUUUGUAAUGUUCUAUUCGGUUGUACAUACAUUGUAGUAAUGAAAUUAAAAUAUCUAGAUGCGCUUCUCUUUUUGAAAAAAAAAAAAAGAUAUUUGUAAAAUUUAAAAUAAUUACAAUAAGAUUAUAAAAAAGAGUUAAAAGCUCUUUGAAAAUAUCAACAAAAAAGAAAAACAAACUAAAAUAAUCGUAUUUUCUACGAUUCUGAUCCAAAUCUUUUCUUCAUUUAACUUGAAAAUGGAGCUGUGCAUGUAUGAAUGUAUUUCAUUUCAUUAAAUUAUUAAAAAUUUAUGUAUAAUUGCAAAAUUUGUAAUUAAUUUUUUUUUUUGUUUUUGAUGACUAAUUAGUCAAAAAUUCACUAAAUCAAAGAAGAAAAGAAAAAUGAAAAAUGAUAUAACAACUUUUAUAUGACUUUAAGCAUUCAAAGUAAAAAUCUAAAAGUUUUUUACAAAAAAAAAAAAAAUUGUUAGCUUAACUCGGAACUAAGUUAUUAUUCAAUUAGUACGUAGUCUUCCUUUAAGUUGUUCGCAUAAUACAUUUUAAUUCAAGAAUAUAAAAAUCCAAAUAAAACUAAAAAACGUUACAUAUUUUAUUAAAAAAAAAAAAAAAUUACUAAAAAUUUAUAUUUUUUUAAAAACUAUUAUAAAAUUUGUAAAUUAUCGUCCCUUACAAAUUUAUGUUGCAUAAAAAAUUUAAAUAUGUAACAA